GAUAAUACCCCACCCCUUAAUUUUCCUUCACGACCUACCAACUUCGUGGCAAACCCACUCAGUCCUUCCGAGGUAGAGCUCACAUGGGAAGAACCUACAGAUCUAGGAGGUGGUACGAUACAAGGGUAUGUGAUAACAUUUUCAAUGCCACCCCGCAUGCCAGUGAGCGUGAGUGGCGACUCUCGAACCUACAUUGCAGACUUCCUGGAGCCUGAGUCGGCCUUUGAAGUGUCAAUACAAGCUGAGAAUGAACUGCGGCGG